AUGGCAGAAGAAAGUUUAUUUCGGGAUGUCCUGGAAAUCCUGAUGAAAGCCUCAAAUGAAGUGGAAGGAGUACGGGAGGAGUCCUGGGAGUCGGGAGAUGCAGAUGCCUGCCUGCUGCUCAUAGCAGAGUGUUUCAGGUGUCUGAGGAACGCUUGUGUUCAGUGUGCCAAGAAUCAACAUGUCAUGAGGAACUUGGGUCUGAUUCACACAUCUGUCCAUUUGAUUGAAGUACUUCAUGGAGUACCAGUGAAACAAGAGUCAUUAUUGACUGCUUUUCGUUGUAGCCUCCAAUUUCUUGGAAACGUUGCAGCAGGAAAUGGAGAUUCCCAGAAUAGCAUUUGGAAGUGUGCUUUCCCAGAUCUCUUCUUGACCUGCCUUACUUAUAGUGAUGAGAAAAUUGUUGCCUAUUGUUGUAUGGUCCUCUUCACCUGUCUGAAUUCAGAGAGAGUGAGAGAACUGCUGAAUCCUGGGAACUUGACUGUGCCUCUCCAUGUCCUCAAAGUCUACAGAGAAGAGUUGGAGACUGAGUGGUCGUUCUUGAUUGUUACAGACCAUUUGCUGAAAUGUCCAGAGCUGGUAAAAGCCCUCUAUGCCAAACUGAGCAAUCAAGAAAGAGUCACUUUGUUAGACCUGAUAAUGGCGAAAAUAAGUGAGAACCACCCUGUUACCAGUGAAGAAAUGAUGGUUUUCUUGAGAUACGCUGACUUCCUUGCGGGCUGUUUCCAGGAGAAAUGUCAAGCUGUGCUCAAGUUGACUUCUGCAGUAGAUGCCGAAGAUGAGGAAGCACUGGUUACAAUUCGACUCCUUGACGUUCUUUGUGAAAUGACAUCAAACAACGGACAGCUAGAACAUCUACAAGUUUUGCCUGGGUUGCUUGAAACAGCUGUAGAUACCCUGAGAUUAACUCACCUUGCUGGGAAACAGACUAUAAAUAUUUUUACUGUCACACAUGCUAUGACUGGGCAGGAAGAAAUUUCACAUCCAGCUGUGGGUUUUAAAUCUCAUCUCAUUCGUUUGAUUGGAAAUUUGUGUUAUAAAAAUAAGGAAAAUCAAGACAAGGUUUAUCAGUUAGAUGGCAUUCCCUUGAUCCUGGACAACUGCAGCAUUGAUGACAACAAUCCUUUCGUGAACCAGUGGGCAGUGUAUGCGAUCCGAAAUCUCACUGAGCAAAAUGAGAGAAACCAAGAGCUUAUUGCACACAUGGAGGAACGAGGGCUGGCAGACAAUUCUAUCCUCGAGAGUAUGGGUUUACAGGUAGAGAAACAAGAGGACAAGUUAAUUCUGAGAUCUAUUAGAAAAAAUCCUUCAUGA